AAAAAAAGGAAGUGGAAAAGAACACCAGCCUUCUGUCCCGUCGGCCGUCGCCGCUCUCCCGACGCCGCCGCCGGUCGCCUCCUCGUGUAGCCCCCCACGCCGGCCAUCCCCCCGCCCGGCGUCGUCCUGCCCGCGGAUCUCCGUCGCCGCCUUCCCCGUAGAGCCCACGCGCCCCCUCCACCCCCGGCCUUGCCGUCCCCAUCGAGCACUCAAUCCGCCGGCCGUCAGGUGCACGUUGGUUUCUCGAUGGAGGCACCACCAUCGAGGCAGGAAGGAACCUAUUGGCAUUGGCAUGGCAAUGGUGAAGAUGCUGCUGCGGACGAUGGCUCCUCCUGGUGUGAUUAUUCAGAUUCUCCAGGACAUGGUUCCAGCUUACACACAGAAUGGGCCCACUUGCAGGACCAGCUUCAUAAGAUGGGCUACAGGGAAGGCAUAUCCGAAGGGCGGAAAGACGCUGCCCAAGAGGGCUUCAAUCUUGAGCAUAGGCAAUCUGCGCCUGAAGGAUACAAGUGGGGUCUUGUUCGGGGAAUUACUAGUGCAUUGGCUAGUCUUCCGGAUAGUCUAAAAGAAAAGUUGCUGCUAGACGCCCAGCAUAGAGGGAAACUUGAAGAUUUGCGCAACUCUGUGCAAGAAAUUUCACCAGAGGCUGCAGUGCGGAUGUUCCAUGAGAGUAUUAUUCAGGAUAAUGCUCCGCUAGUGGAAAGCAGGCUUCAAACCAUUCCAAAUGAUCUUCUGCUGUUGUUGCGCGAAUGCCCAGAUGUUCAAGUUCCUGAAGAGUUGAAACGAGCUCCAUAAGCAAGACAGAAAAUGCUAGUUUGCAUCGGCUGGCUUCAGCAAAUGCACUCAAAUCUGCUCAACCGAAGGGCCUGAUCCACUCUCAUAGUUGCUAUGACCUACUGCUGUUAAUGGGAUGUUAACUGCAUGCUGAUAUGUCCUUUGAUGGUCCACGGUAGUUAUUGGACUGCACACCAUGUCAGUAAAUUGUCUGCUUCUAUUUCUGUUACAGGGGUUGGUGUGAUUGGAACAUCUUGGUUUUGAAUGUUAAUGCCGUCUAUUCAUGGUGAUGCAUGCUUCAGGUUGGUGAGAGCAUCAAACCUUUGUAUCCGUUGUGCCUUGUGACUGUUGGUUUUGAGUGUUAUAUUCAUGGUGAUUCAUGCUUGAUCCAUCUGCCUUCUUCACAUAUCCGUUUGGAGUGUUUCUUGUUGUUCCUAUUCAGUGCCAUUUAUUUCGUUUCAUGUGGGACUAUUUCUUGGUUGCUCCUGAGUUGAAUGAAGUACCAGGCCCGCAUGCAGACUCUUUUUGUCUGUCUGCAUUGUUCAAGGCUGCAUCUUAUACUCAUGACAUUGCAGGACAUAAUUUGAAAUGGUUUGGUGCGCAGCACCAGAAAUCCCUGGACGAAAUGAUCGAACCUUUGGAGAUUCUUCCGCCGCCUCUUGUUGCCUGAUAUGGCAUUCGGUUAGCCUGUUAUGCACUGUAUAGCCCAGCAGGUUUGCACCAUCUUGUUCUACUGUCUCAGUUUGGCACCAAAGUAGACCAGCAACCAACAGUUAGUUGCACUCAUAUCAGUUAGUUGUGAAUUUGCGUUGAUAUCAAU